UGUAUUUCAGAAUGACAUCUAUAAUACUGAAACAGGACUUUUAACUGGAACUAAUAUUUUGCUAUUUAUACAUUUGCAAGGCUUCAAGGCAAUAUAUGUACGAGCUCUGCCGAUGUUGACGCGCCUGCUGCAGUACAGCGUUAAGGGUGUUUGGGUGAAGCGGACGUCUACCGCGAGGGGCUCGUCAACGUAGCAGGGUGUAGUUUCAAGGAAACAGACCAGCGUGGAGACGAGGACUUGACACAUAAAGGACGUGCACAACAAGAUUCUGAGAUAGAGAGGAGGGUUUGUUUGUCUGGAGGCCGAGCUUACUAUUCACGCCGUGUAGGAGGAGACUAAGGGCAGAGAGGAAACAGACCGUCCAUCAUGUUUGGUCAAAGUAGAAAAAACAGGUGGCCAAAUUUCGACGAUCGUCACAGCGACGGAGACAGGGACUUCCAGGAUUAUACCAGAUACCCUGACACAAGGCUGGAGGAGCCGUUCUCCGACCAUCUCGCUAGGAUGAGCCUCCCAGGUCAGAGGUACUCGUACCAGCCUUUUUCUCAAAAUAACUCACAACCCUACAGUCAACCAUUCUCCCAAUCUUUCCCCGAAGAACGCGACGUAAUCACACAGCCAUACCUUGGCAACAUGGAGAUUCCCCCGAAUGGCCGCAAUGUCAGGACAUACACUCUUCCCCACAGGAGAGGAACACGUGAGCGACAGCCUAUCAUGAUCGUACCCCCAAAGAGGGAACCCAAACUGAUAACCAUGGAGGUGAAGUCCCCAGACCCAGAACCGAUUUUCAUAAUGCCCCCACCUCCGCCGAAACAGAAGGUAAUUGAGUACGAGGUUCCUGUGAGACCCAAGACCCCAGAGCCGAUCCUUGUGCCAGUUAUGCCCCCUCCCAAGGAGCCUGAGUAUGUGACGGUGAGGCAUGUCGUGGAGGAGCAAGCCGACGGUAGCAACUGGGUUGUACCAAAUCAUCAUGAGCCGCCUGCCUACAGAACUUCCGGACCAACCAUUUCAAGGAUACCGGACGACUAUGAACGAAAGUCGACGUACAGCGAAACUCUCCUCGGCGUGCGACGCACCAUCUUGUGGGAACUCGUCAUCGCCAGUUUUGUCCUGUUUGUCGUCAUGCUCCUCAUCGCCAUCUUUGUUGCCGGCUUCCUCUCCUAAACGACGUCUCGAAGUCUCCAGGUCUAACUCUGUAAUCAGGGGCUCCAAAUAUUUCUUAUCCAAAUGAACCACCUUGUACUCAUUACAUUCAACAGCAGGGCGUGAAUUUGGACGACGUCGCUGACAAUGCGUCCUUACUUAUAUCAGCCAGGAGGCCCUGUGGUUAAAGCGCUCGCUUGUCUCGCCGAAUGCCCGGGUUCAAUUCCCCACAUGGUCGAUUCCCCACAUGGGUAUAAUAAACAGUGUACCAUGCCGUGAUAUUGCUGGAAUAUUGCAAAAAGCGGCGUCACACUCUCACUAAUAGACCAGAUUUGAUUUGGAUAUGAUAAUAGAUCGUAUUGGUAAAUGUUGAAUAUCCAUUGAACCGUGUCACACUGUUUCGAAACAUACGUUGUCCCGUGAAUAGUUCUAUAUUAACACUCUAUGUGUGUUCUGGGCAUGCGCGAUACCGGCGUUAAACAUUCCAGACAGCCAUCAAGACUCCUGUUCUUUACAUAUGGCAUCUUUCGCACAUGCCUGUCAGACAACGAUGGUGUCUGAAUGUUAAUUUAUUUUAGGGCACCAUGCAGAGUUGCGUCCCUUAGGUGUUCCAGAAACCUAUGAUCCUUGUUUUAAUUCCAGAUUCGCCCUGUUUAUACUUCUAAGUUUGUUAGUACCAUCCCCGAGCUUGUGGUUUCACCAAAGUGACAAACGUCUACGACAUGCAUCAACUUGGACAUCAAGUUGACACGCCAUGAUAUAACUGAAAUACUGUUCCAGGCUACUUUGUUCAAACCUAACUGUUGUAUAACUUUCAUGACAGUGGAACCUAGUUAUCGCAUCCUUUGGAUAAUGUUGCAUAGAAUACACGACAGGGUCCAUAAUAUUUAUGUAGGGACUGAAAUGUUGCCUGUAAAAAGAUCACACAUUAACAAGGAUAUAAUAAUUGAUUUUUCUGGAGUAAUUUUGUUUGAUAGAGGAAGCUUUGGGCUUUGGUUCGAACUAGUGACGCCGUGACUGAACACAACAAAACCACGAAUUUACGAAUCGCUGAUAUACUCGUGAUAUAAGCUACACCGCAUUUCACUACAACAUAGACAACUGGGCGUCACUGGUGUUGGUGACGUCACACCGAUUGUUUUCAUAUUGUCUAAAUCCGCAAAAACAUUGUGACAUAUAUUAAACAUAUUCUCAAAAGUUGUUUGUUGUAAGUAAUAGGAUUAGGAUUUUGAAUCAGUUUUAGACCGAUGUUUUUGUUUCUAAACAUGCAUUUUAAUAAUUUGGACAACUUCUACGAAUCGAGGUUGUAUCAUUCUUCUUUUUUGUUGACGAAAAUACCAUGUUCCAACACAUCUGCAAUCAUAGCCCGUGAUUCACAGUAGUCAGCAAUUCACAUCACACCAGCACCACACGGAAAGGUCGGGGGCUAUAGCAAUACGUGUUAUGAAAACGCCAUUUCAAACAAUAAAUAAAUCUGAAUUAAUUCGCUGCUGUUAAAAUGUUCAUAAUAGCACGGUACAGAUAGAUUAGUAUAUAUGUAUUGAUAUGUAUUCAACUAUAUAUUGUAAAUAUGUAUGCCACCUGUGUAUUAAUUAUAUGAGCAAUAAAGAUCUAUUUUGUAUUAA